AUGACUCUCACGCCUGUUCGAAUUCGAGGCAAACGAAAACAUCAAUCUGCUAGCAAGCCAUCAUCUCGAGGCAUUUCCACAACUACGCCAGUCGCCAUAGAAACCCGUCCUCUCAAAAGGAUGAAGCGCUCUCUAUCCAAUGUUCUCGCCUCCCGGGCAACUCGCUGGAAGCCUGUUUUACAAGCUCUUCCGGCAGAGAUUAUCGAGAGCAUAUUUCUCUACAGCGCCAACGUUGAUUUACCUUGCGCCUCGCCAGUUAUCGGCGCAAAGCUAUCUGGACGUGUGACUCUCAUUAGGUUCCUCAUGUGGGCAUUUCAUGGAACCUGGGAUCAAUGUUUCGGUAAUAUUUCGAUAGGUCUUGCGGAAGACAAGAGCGACGUAGGCGGUGAUCGACAGCUUCAGUCAACUAUACUACGUCUACCAUGGAUCAGCGUAGACUUGAUAGUUCAAGCACAACAAAUAUGGGCAGACACUUAUGCUAGAGAUCGUCAUUAUAGGCAUUGCCUUCCCCAGAUAGACGCAGAAGGUGACCCCUUUAUGUAUAGCCAUGACCACCCAUUCGAAGGCGGCGUCGGACACUUCAACUCCAAAGAAUGCUUCGAAGCUGAUUAUCAGGAGGUCUCAUCCUGGAAGCCCUUCGAGAAGGUCGGGAAAUGGGGUGGAUGUGAUAUUCACCCAAGGGUACGCAUACCUACAGUCCUCAUUACUGGCCCAUGGGACGAGAAGAGACUACGCCUCCUGUUCUGGCUCCGAAGGGCUGGGAGACUUUAUGGCCUUGAAGAAAAUGAGUCGUCAUGGGAGAUACAGCUGGACUGUCUUCGAAACGCAUUCAUCGAUGCCUCUGAGCCCAGUAUUCUCAUCACAAACUUGAUCGAUCUCACUUCGCUCUGUCGCGGCUUACCCAGAGAUAUUGCUCGGGAAGAACGACGUCGCAUCGACCAGCGGCUGAAAUGGGGCGCUGAUGGCGUUGUUGCCAAAGAGAUCCUUCGGGAGGUCUACAGCACCAUCGGGAUGUAUCACGACGGAUUCGAGGCUCCUGGCUCACCGAAGUAA